CGCAUAAGCAUAAAGAUUAAGAACAAGCAGUAGGCUAAUUCAAUUCGAGUAAGGGCAUAGAUUUCAAGGAUAGGGUAUUGUUGGCGAAUGGGAUGUUUAGGUAAAUUAUUAAUCCAUGUUAUUAAAACUGUACUAUACAUACAAACUUCUAUUGUUAAUAGGCUAGCCUAAAUUAGUUAAAUUCAAAGAAUCAUAACUUGCUAUGCUAACCACUGUUGACUGAUCAUUUCCAGUUUACGAACUUAUUGUGGAGUAACCUUCUAGAGUAAGAGUAACCUUCUAGAGUGGAAUAACAACAAAUUAUUUGUGGAACUAUUAAAUGUGCAGGGCUGUGUUAUUUCACAGAGAAGAGAGAAAUAAAGGGAGUUUGGCACCUGUGUUCAACAACCCUACAAAAUUAUUAAAGAAGAUAUUUUAUUGACUACAAAACGAAUUUCUUUUCAAUAUGGACACAAAUGUGGAGUGUGGAAUGGAUAGAGGAAGCUGCCUGUUGCUACGAUAUGCGAGUCAGAAUUCCUUGGAUGAGAGCUCCCAGAAGCAUAUUCCUCGUCCCAGCAGCAAAGAGAAACCUCCUUAUCGGAACAGCAACCAUGCCCAUCGAGCAUUUGAUGUAAUGAAAAUCAUGAGAAAGCAAAACCUGCUGUGUGAUGUGCGAUUGGUGGCAGACAGUGUGGAAGUUCCAGCACACAAGAUGGUGCUGGCUGCUUGCAGUCCGUACUUCCACGCCAUGUUCACCAGCUUCGAGGAAAGCAAGCAGGAGCGUAUUGUGCUGCAAGGCAUUGAUCCCCAAGCUCUGCAGUUGCUCAUUGACUAUGUCUACUCCUCUGAGGUUCACGUCACAGAGGAAAAUGUGCAGGUUCUCUUGCCGGCAGCAAACCUGCUACAGCUGACAGAUGUGCGAGAUGCUUGUUGUGAUUUCCUACAGGCUCAGUUACACCCAACCAACUGUCUUGGUAUCCGAGCCUUCGCUGACCUCCAUGGUUGCAUCGACUUACUCUCGUCUUCUGAAUCUUACAUAGAACAGCACUUCCCGGAGGUUGUGGAGUGUGAAGAAUUUCUCACCCUCUCCCACCAUCAAGUGUCCAAACUGAUCUGCAGUGACCAUCUGACAGUUCCGUCAGAGGAGAAGGUGUUUGAAUGUGUCAUCAGCUGGGUGAACCAUGCCCUGGAAAACAGACAAAGUCACCUGGCAGAGCUGAUGGAACAUGUACGGUUCCCUCUACUGCCACAGGACUACCUGGUCCAAAGGGUGGAGGAGGAGCCUCUACUUAAAGCUAGUCUUAAGUGCAAAGAUUACUUAAUUGAAGCCCUAAAAUACCAUUUACUUAAAGGAGAACAGAAAGCUCAUUUCAAAACUCCAAGGACAAAACCAAGGCAGCCUGUUGGUUUACCCAAGGUGCUGCUGGUUGUAGGGGGCCAAGCACCUAAAGCGAUCCGUAGCGUGGAGUGUUAUGACUUCUCAACGGAGACGUGGAGCAGUGUGGCAGAGAUGCCUGGACGCCGGUGUCGUGCAGGGUUAGUUGUGCUGGGUGGUCGGGUGUACGCAGUAGGCGGGUUCAACGGCUCACUCAGGGUACGCACUGUGGAUGUGUACGAUGCCGUGUUGGACCAGUGGACUGUGUGUGCUGGGAUGGAGGCUCGUCGCUCCACCCUCGGCGUGGCUGUUCUCAACAACUGUAUUUACGCUGUGGGAGGGUUUGAUGGUUCGACAGGUCUCAAUUCUGCAGAGAUAUAUGACCCCAAGACUACAGAAUGGCGCAUGAUUGCUUCUAUGUCAACACGUAGGAGUAGUGUUGGCGUUGGUGUUGUCAACCACCUUCUUUACGCUGUUGGAGGUUAUGAUGGGGCGUCCAGGCAAUGUCUUAGCUCUGUAGAAUGUUACAAUCCUGAGACGGACACGUGGACUAGUGUCGCUGAAAUGUCUGCAAGAAGAAGUGGUGCAGGUGUGGGCGUGUUAGAUGGUGUGCUGUAUGCAGUAGGUGGUCAUGAUGGUCCUCUUGUCAGGAAGAGUGUGGAGGCGUACAAUCCUGACACAAACACCUGGACACCUGUCGCAGACAUGGCGCUUUGUAGGCGUAAUGCAGGAGUGGUAGCACUGAACAAGCUGCUGUAUGUGGUGGGUGGUGACGACGGUUGCUCUAAUCUGGCAUCUGUGGAAGUGUAUAACCCCAAAACUGACUCCUGGUCCAUGCUGUCAUCGUGCAUGAGCAUCGGGCGCAGCUACGCGGGGGUGGCCAUCAUUGAUAAACCAGCCAAUAUGUGAGCCCACCUCCCUCUCCUAUCACCGCCGUGCCAUACCUCCUUCUCUACGUCCCAACACUCACAGUUACUAAUCAAGCCUGCGACUAAAAUAUCAUUCUGAGUGGCAAAUAAAAUAUAUACAAAUAUUUUAAUAUCGAUUAGAUAUAUUUUCAUCCAAAGUAAAUUUUUUAAACUUUCAUACAUAAAUCUAAUGAAUUUGUAAAUAACUCCACUAUAAUAGUGUGUAUGUCGGUAAAUUAAAAAUAAGCCUAGGUUUUCUUAAUGUUCCUUUAUACCCAUAUCUGUGAAUCUCUACCCACAGCUGUGACAACUAUUCCCUCCUUAUUUAUUGUUAUUUUUGUAGAUACUGUUAUACUUAUUUUUUUAUUUAUUUGUAGAUAAUUAUUUUACACUUUGUUCUUGUAUAAUAAACAAAUCUGGUGUUAAAAUCAAAUAUUGCAAGCAAUAAUAAAAGACAUAAUCGAGCUACUAAGUCGAUUCUAAAGUUGUACAAAUAAAAUACAGUACAAUGA